AACAGUCCAAAGAAGCAAAUGGGCUGCCACCUCCUCUGGGCUCGCUCUUCAUGAGGUGCUCACCCCGUAUCUGCCAUGCAAAGCGAGGGAGCUUUAUGAAGGAAUCCGUCUUGUAAAGCCAUUGGUCCUGGUCAUCAGCCUCUACCCAAUGCUUUCGUGAUGCUGCUGCUGAUCUAUUUGGGAAGUUGGCUGGCUGGCGAGGCAGAGCCUCUCCUCAAAGCCUGGCUCCCACGGAAAAUAUGCUCAGUGCAGCCGCGUGCAUGAAUGAAAACGCCGCCGGGCGCUUCUAGUCGGGCAAAAUGCAGCCGCGAACUCCACUCGUCGUGUGCGUCCUCCUGUCCCAGGUGCUGCUGCUAACAUCUGCAGAGGACUUGGACUGCACGCCUGGAUUUCAGCAGAAAGUAUUCCAUAUCAGUCAGCCAGCUGAAUUCAUUGAGGACCAGUCAAUUCUAAACUUGACCUUCAGUGACUGUAAGGGAAAUAACAAAGUACGCUAUGAGGUCUCAAGCCCAUACUUCAAGGUGAACAGCGAUGGUGGCCUGGUUGCCCUGAGGAACAUAACUGCAGUGGGCAGGACACUGUUCGUCCACGCCAGGACUCCCCAUGCGGAAGACAUGGCCGAGCUCAUGAUCGUCGGGGGAAAAGACAUCCAGGGCUCCUCGCAGGAUAUAUUUAAAUUUGCACGAACUUCUCCUGUUCCAAGACAAAAGAGGUCCAUUGUGGUAUCUCCCAUUUUAAUUCCAGAGAAUCAGAGACAACCUUUCCCAAGAGAUGUUGGCAAGGUAGUCGACAGUGACAGACCGGAAGGGUCCAAGUUCCGGCUCACUGGAAAGGGAGUGGAUCAAGAGCCUAAAGGAAUUUUCAGAAUCAAUGAGAACACGGGGAGCGUCUCCGUGACACGGUCCUUGGAUAGAGAAAUGAUUGCUACUUAUCAACUGUUUGUGGAGACCACAGAUGUCAACGGCAAAACCCUCGAGGGGCCAGUGCCGCUGGAAGUCAUCGUGAUUGAUCAGAAUGACAACAGGCCGAUCUUUCGGGAAGGGCCCUACGUCGGCCACGUCAUGGAAGGGUCACCCACAGGGACCAUGGUGAUGCGGAUGACAGCCUUCGACGCGGAUGACCCGGCCACGGAUAAUGCCCUCCUGCGCUACAAUAUCCGUCAGCAGACGCCUGACAAGCCAUCUCCCAACAUGUUCUACAUCGAUCCUGAGAAAGGAGACAUUGUCACCGUGGUGUCACCUGCGCUUCUGGACCGGGAGACUCUGGAAAAUCCCAAGUAUGAAUUGAUCAUCGAAGCUCAGGAUAUGGCUGGACUGGAUGUCGGAUUAACAGGCACGGCCACAGCCACCAUCAUGAUCGAUGACAAAAACGACCACUCUCCAAAGUUCACCAAGAAAGAGUUUCAAGCCACAGUUGAGGAAGGAGUCAUGGGAGUUAUUGUCAACUUGACAGUUGAAGACAAGGAUGAUCCCACCACAGGUGCAUGGAGGGCCGCCUACACCAUCAUCAACGGAAACCCAGGGCAGAGCUUCGAAAUCCACACCAACCCUCAAACCAACGAGGGGAUGCUGUCGGUUGUCAAACCUCUGGACUAUGAGAUUUCUGCCUUUCACACCCUGCUGAUCAAAGUGGAGAAUGAGGACCCGCUGGUACCCGAGGUCUCCUACGGCCCCAGCUCCACAGCCACCGUUCACAUCACUGUCCUGGACGUCAACGAGGGUCCGGUUUUCUACCCAGACCCCAUGAUGGUGACCAGGCAGGAGAACAUCUCCGUGGGCAGUGUGCUAUUGACCGUGAAUGCCACGGACCCCGAUUCCCUGCAGCAUCAAACCAUCAGGUAUUCUGUUUACAAGGACCCAGCAGGCUGGCUGAAUAUCAACCCCAUCAAUGGGACUGUUGACACCACAGCCGUGCUGGACCGUGAGUCCCCGUUUGUCCACAACAGCGUGUACACUGCACUCUUCCUGGCAAUCGACAGUGGCAACCCUCCUGCAACGGGCACUGGAACUUUGCUGAUAACUCUGGAAGACGUGAACGACAAUGCCCCCUUCAUUUACCCCACGGUAGCCGAAGUCUGUGAUGAUGCCAAGAACCUCAGUGUGGUCAUUCUGGGAGCAUCAGACAAGGAUCUUCACCCAAACACAGAUCCUUUUAAAUUUGAAAUCCAUAAACAAACCGUUCCUGAUAAAGUCUGGAAGAUCUCCAAGAUCAACAAUACGCACGCCCUGGUAAGCCUGCUUCAAAAUCUGAACAAAGCAAACUACAACCUGCCCAUCAUGGUAACAGAUUCAGGGAAACCACCCAUGACAAACAUCACAGAUCUCAGGGUACAGGUGUGCUCCUGCAAGAAUUCCAAAGUGGACUGCAAUGCCGCGGGGGCCCUCCAUGCCAGUGUCCUCUCACUCUUGCUCCUCUGCCUCUUCAGUCUGGCUUGUCUGUGAGAACUCCUGACAUCUGAAGCUUGACUCCCAAGUUUCCAUAGCAACAGGAAAAAAGAGAAAAAAAAAUCUAUCCAAAUCUGAAGAUUGCAGUUUACAGCUAUCGAACUUCACAACUAGGCCUCAAUUGUUUCCAGAUUUUUGUUUUCUUUGCGAUUUCACUUAGUCUGUAUUUCAUCAUUUUGACAGAAUCUUCCUUCUGCGUUUAAUUAAUGGAAUCCUCUGAAUUUCCCCUGAAUGUUUAAAGAUCAUGACCUAUAACUCGACCUUCCGAGAGCAGGAGGAGUGGCUACUCUCUCCGAUGUGUUGACAGGUUGCGAGCCAGUGCUCCAGGCACUCGGCAUUGUCUGUGGGUCGGUAUUUGUAUAUGUAUGAGUAUCUGUAUGUACAUACAUGGUAUUUAUAGAGAAACUGUACAGGGGACGCCUGGGCUGGAUAUGGCAUUAUUCCUCACAAGGUUAAACAAGGAGGAGAUGGAUGUGCCACGGGGCCUCAGCACAGACCACAGAGCUGUCGCUUUUGAUCUGAAGCUGCUCCUCCACCAUCCCAUUCAGUCUGAACAACCAGGCAGGGCUGCAGAGAGGGAGAACAAAGAAAGUCCUUCCUCCUUAUGUAGGAUGAGGAUCAUAACCAGUCUCCACUGCCGUAACAUGCCAUGAUCGUGAGCCACAGCGGGGUGGAGCAGAGCAGGAAAUGUCACCAUUAAAUGCCCAGGAAAGGGCUGCAAUAUUCUUCCCUGGGCAUCCAUCUGCAUUUGUAUGUAUCCUGAAGCUCCAAUCCCAGCGAUUCUCAUCAGUGGGGCCACGGAUCAUGGUAGAGAAUCUCUCCCUCCUCAGCAAAGGUCAUCAUGGAGGUCACACUUGCAUAUGAACAGGUCUACAGGUACCAUCUUGUAUACACAUAUAUACCCACAUGUACAGACAAACAUUUAUGGACACACACUCCGUUUGUUUCAUAGACACAUGCAUUACAAUAGAGUAAAUACAGGUAGUUUUAAAAGUACCCUUUUGUGUGAAUCGACUACCGUUGUUUGCAAACCUGAAAAUAAAAGAUGUUCAUUAUGUAUGAAAAGUUAACUGAUUUUUAUUCUGUGAGCAUGUAGCGGUAAGACGAAAGUUAGUGCUCGUACCAAGGUGAUCUUCUUGUUGAUACACUGUAAAUGAAUCAUCAAAGCUCACACCAAAUUUUUCUAUCGAAUAAAACUAGUGACAGCCUGUGGCUUUUUAUUAGAGCUCGCCACAAACUAGGGUAAGGUAAGUGUCUUAGCAUAUUUUAAUGCAACUGCUUACUAAAGGUUUUAACCCCACUCGCGCGUGCGCGCAGACACACACGCUUUCUUAUGCAAUCUCUGUUAGCCUUCCGUAGGAAUUAGAAGUCAUAUGUUGUCUUUGUUAUAGUGAAAUUAUGCAGAUAGAGUUCCAUAUAUUGUAUUUGUUUCAAUAGUAAAUCUUUUUGGAGCAUAUAGAAUGCAGAGAUUUUUUUUUCCAUUAAAAUAAAUGGGUAUUGGUGGUUAAAACUG